AUGUACGCAUUGAAGUCGGUUGACGUUAACACAGGCGGAUACGAGCUUUUUGAACUUACUAAAUUAAGAGUCAAGACGAGAGAGUUGAAAAAAAACUAUGGUUGGAUACGAUGUGUCCUGUUUACCACCUACCGAAGAAGAGUUUUUGCAGCAGAUGUAGAUGACUGUGAAGCGGAAAAUGAAAGUGCCGUAGAGAAUAAGACGAGCGACGAUGACGAGAACGAAAAUGAUUUUGAUAAAGAUGAUGUGCCGCACGCGAAUCUUGAAAAAAAAAAUUAA